UAGUAAAGAUUCAAAUUUGUGGAGUAAUACAAUCAAAUUACAAACACAAUAAGCUUCAUUGGAUAAAAUGGGGCAUGUAGAGUUUUACAAGCCAAUAAUUGUUAUGAUUGUGAUGCAAUUUACGUAUGGAGCAGUCUCCAUAAUAACUAGAGCUUCUCUUUUGGAAGGAAUGAACCCUAGAGUUUUUGUUUUCUACAGACAAGCCUUUGCCACUUUGGUCAUUGCUCCUGUCGCUUACUUUUCAAGGAGUAAAAUUACGAGUUGUCGUAUUGGAUGGAAAAGCUUUUGGUUGAUCUUUCUGGCAUCUUUGAUUGGAAUAACAACCAGCCAAAUGAUAUUCUUAGAAGGCUUAUACUUAGCCUCAGCAUCAGCUGGAAGUGCCAUUUUCAAUCUUGUCCCUGCCAUCACCUUUGUUGUAGCCUCCAUUGUUGGAUACGAACCAAUAAAUAUACGAAGCUUACGAACCAUGGCCAAGAUAUUUGGGACGAUCGUGUGUGUUACAAGUGCAGCUGCAAUGGCACUCAUCAAAGGCCCCAAACUUCUAAACGCAAACUUGCCUUCAUCGAAUUCUCUAUUGUUAAAUUCAACUGAAGUUAAUAAUCUUUGGCUUUGGGGAUGUUUAUGUCUCUUUGGCAGCAGUUGUUGCUGGUCAUUUUGGCUAAUUAUUCAGGUACCGGUCACUAAAAGCUAUCCUGACCACCUAUCAUUAUCUGCUUGGAUGUGUUUUAUGGCGACGGUACAAUCUGGUAUAGUUCUAUUGUUUACGGACCCACAUUUGGAAGCUUGGAAAAUUACCUCAUAUUUUCAAAUGGGAUCUUUGUUAUAUGCGGCUAUUGUUGGUUCGGGGAUUUCCAUAUUCGCGCAAUCAUGGAUUAUCCAGAAACGCGGUCCAGUGUUUUCAGCAAUGUUCAAUCCUUUAAACACAGUCAUUGUGACCAUUUUUGCUUCUAUAUUCCUUAGAGAACAGAUAUACUUAGGAAGUGCGGUAGGUGCGGUUGGGAUCGUGAUUGGACUGUAUGUAGUGUUGUGGGGAAAGGCCAAAGAUCUUGAAGAAAUGAAAGAACAACAAGAGAAGAAGACGAUGUUGUCGCAAAAAGAUCAAAUCGAUGUAGUUAGGAUUAUGGUUGAUGAAGCUAACCUGGAGGAACCCCUUUUGCCUAAACAAACAAACAAAUUCUAAUCUUGUUAGCGAGGUUCUAAAAUGCGUACCUAAAGACUUUCAUACAAGUUACAGGAUAAUAUAACCUUAUUGUAAGUUAUGAAAUGAAUUAUAGGAAUUGUUACUUCAUUGAUUAAUCCGUGUUUUGAAA